UUCUUACUUUAAUUUUUUCGAUAAUACUGAUCUGUUACUAGACGUGCAAAAUGAAAGUGGCGAUUGCAAUUUAAUUGGACGUUUUCUUUUGCCGGGAAUAUCACGUGAUUACAAAUUGCUUUCAUGCAGCGUAAAAUUAAAUCAAAAUAAAAUUAAAGCUGAAUAUUCAAUACGCGUGAAACUAUAUCACGCAUAAUGAAAAAAUAUUAAUCAAAUAACUAAUAAAUUCGAUAAUAUUAUAUUUAUAUAGAAUAUUUCUUUCGAUCGUAAAUGUUUUAUCGCACGAGUACAAUCGAUUACGUUCCCAUCCUUCUCUCUAAAAUUAAUAUUACUAAAUGUCUCCUUGACAAAAAAUUCUUUCCUUUAUCGUUUUAUUUUUAUCACAUUCUUUUCCUUUAUCUACUUUAAAUUACCAAUGGAACAAAAAAGAAUAUUAUCCGAGAGCAAUAUCUCAGAAAUGUUAGUUUAAUUGUAUAAGUAGGUAUCAGAUGUACCUCCCUAAAAAUGUAGUGCAGCUGCGAGCUACGAUUUGUCUUGCAUCUCACUUUCUUCUUCCAUCCUCUUUUUACGUAGCUCCCUUCUGAAUGCACAAAGCGCGUGUGAGUAUGUAACGUAGAGUGUUACAGGAGUUGGUAGAGAUCGGUGGUGGGGGAAGAAAGAAGAAAGAAGGAGGGACGUGAAAUGUGUGGAAUACAUUCUAUCGGGAGCAGCGUGUCCCCCUCGUCGCCAUCACAGCCGUACGGGGCACCAGUGCACGCAGCAAACCAAGAUUGCCAAGAUGGAUGCCCGGGCUCGACCGUCGAGAAGUAUGGAUUUUACCGCGUGAUUCGUAUGCGCGCUCUUUCUCUUCCACCCACUGGACAAUGGGAGAAACAUAAGGACGCGAGGAUACGAGUGUUCCAAUGCCUGGCAAUAGAAUAUUUCACAAAUUCGAAUUCGCGAAUUCUCGUGACGCGAUAACAAAUCACGUUCUUUUUACCAAGUGAUGAGUAAAAUAUCUGAUAUUGAAAAACGAGUUAGAAGACUUUUACAAUGGUGGAUAACAAUUGUAUCAUCGAAGGGAACGUCAAGUUUCGCGAUGGGAAGAAGUGGAAGUCACGAUGGUGCGUAAUGAGAAAAUUAUCACCAGUAGCAGAUUGCUUGCAUUUACAACUUUAUGGAGAUAGCAAGGAUCGUUAUAAACAAGGGCAGACAAAGGCAUCUUUAAGUUUACAACAUUUUCUUGGAGUAGAAAGUGGUUUUACCCUUGAUAAAGAAUCAAACACAAUUGCUAUUAUUUGUCAAGAUGUAACUGUCGUACUUGCUUUUGAUACGCGAGAACGACUAAUACAGUGGCAAGUAAAGAUAUCAAAUAACUUGGGAGAAGAUCAACAGUUUUUAAUAUUGAUAUCCACUGCACCGUCAAAAGCAAAACUUACAAACGGCCCAGCACAUUUACAUAUUCAGGAUCGCCGAUUUUGUAUUACGGUUGGUAUCCCACCAAGGUUAGUUGGAAUAUGGGAAAUCGCUCAUUUACGACGUUACGGUGUUGUCGAGGGAAGAUUUUGCUUCGAAGGUGGUUCAAGAUGUGGCCGUGGCGAAGGCCUUCAUGUCUUAAUAACGGAUCAGGGUGAAGAUAUCGUUAAAACAUUACAUUUGGCUGCAGAGGGGAAAUUAUCUACGAAGAAGAGACCACUUGGCCGUGAAUCCUCAGUACAAGAUAGUCCGCGGCGACAAUUUAGUAGAUCUGAGACUAGAGCAAGCGAUUUUUUUCCCUCGGCUGUGUACUCUUCGACAAUAUCAUACGAAGACCAUUGUGACAGUUGCAAGAAUGGCAGCUCGUCUUAUUGGUCAUCCGCCGAAAGUAGACAACAGACCGACGGUGAAGGUGAUUACAGUUGCAGAGACACAGUUUCUGUAUCGGAAUUGACUGAUCAACCUAGCGAAUGGCGUACCUGUUCGCUUACUCGUCAAGGUACGACUGGUCUCGAGAGAUGUGCCAGUUGUAUCAGCAAGUUAGGAACUGUAUCGAAAUCCUCCACAUUGAUAACGGGUACCGGCACAAGUAGUAUAGGUAGUCCAGCUGGUGCAGUCACCAGUUUGACGUGUCAUCUCCAACCACGAGCUUUUGACCGACUCUCUUUAUCAUCUUAUAGCAGCAGUAGUCACGACAGUGAUUAUUCUGGAUCUCAACAAGUUGAUUGUCACUGCCCUCAAUCGAAAAGUUCACAGGUACAGAGCGUUCGUCGUUCGUCGCUCAGUCCAAACGUUUUACCACCAAGACCACCGAAACCGUCCCAAUGCACUGCCAUGAAAAAGUCCAAGAAACCGCCGAUGCCACUACCGAACGAACAAAUCACCACUAACGUGCACAUUCAAAAGAGUAACGUGCAAAGUAGCGUACGUAAUAGCAAUGUUGGACCUUACGAAAAUUAUGACGUUCCAAAGGCUAUUAUAGGACAUCACAUGUUAUUGGAACAACCAUUGCAGACUGAUCAAUAUUACGACACUCCAAGGAAGAUAAAGGAGUGUUUAACGAUGCCAAAAACUUAUCCCAAUUACGAUACACCUCAAGCUCCGCAAGCUGUUGUUUUGCAACAAUGCGGCUGUCCUGCAAAACUUAACGUUCAAUCGCCCAGAUCAUCGUCAGCCUGCCCAUGCCACAAUGUCAUGAGCUGGGCCGGAUUCGUUUUACCCUAUUGUCGACGUGGAGCAGGAAUUGAACCUAUGGGUGUAACUGUACAUCCUGUAAAAUUAUCGGGAGAAGGAAAAAUGCCUGUCGUUAAUGCCAGUGGCGAUGUUUCUAUUUACGCCACUGCCAAAAGAGCGAAUAAAGGACAGACUAACGAAGAAAAAGCUGACGAAAAUUGUGAAUGUGUAACGAGCAGCAAAUCGAAUAAUUACGAAAAUAUUGAACCUGUUACCGACACGCAAUCUGAAUCUAAGCAAACCAAUUAUGCUAAUAUAGAUUUUACUCAAUCGUUAGAACACUACGAAAAUAGUAAAGACGUUCUAACAAAAAGUGGUAUUUCGCAAGAAGAACUAGAAAAGUUCGCUGAUCAGUUGAAAGAUACGAAAAUGGAAGCAUCAAGCGAAGAAGGUUCCUUUAAAGUUUGUCAAAAAUGUGGUCACAUAAAAGAAAGAGACAAUGAUUAUUUAGUCAUGGAUCCGGAUAAAGAGAUACCAAAAAAACCGUUCACUGGUUAUCUACCGAUGCAACCGGCUCACAAUGCUUGUUCCAAAGAAGUACUCUCCAGAAUUUACAAUGGUAUGAAAAGUUCAAGCAAUCCAACUUUGUCAGGCUCUUUAUCAACGGAUGGAAGUAAAAAACGUUGCGAUUCAGAAUAUCGUGUACCAGGAUCGGCGAUGUUAUCUAGUCCAUAUCUUCGACGUCGUCUUUUGGAUGGUAGCAAUGGCGUGGAACCAACUGGAACUAUCGGUAUUUUGUUAAGAAAACGAUCUUAUUCGGCCGAAUCGGCUCAUUACUUAGACGACGAAACUCAUACGUUCCCGUCCACUCUCACCAUACAUAAAUGCUCUAGCGAAGCCGAUAAGGCUUCCCUGAUAAGCAAUGAGCCACAUACAUCUUGCAUGAACUCGGAAAUGAAAAUAAAUCAGGAGAACGGACAGAUAUCUGCAGCUUCGUCUCAGCCGUCGUUCAUAAAAAUUCGUCGUUCAUCGUCCGUACCAUCGAAAACUGGUCACAACAGGGAUUCCUCAAGCAGCAAUGACUCGGGCGUAUCCACUGGUUCUCUCAGCCAUAGAACGACCGAAUUUGUUGAAUUCGAAACGUCGUCCGUAGUAUUGGCGAAGAAACAAAACGCUUUGUCGAUAUGUCGAAAAAGUCCACCGUCUACAUGCUAUCACAAUAGUUUACCGAGAAAAUCGAAAUCUAGCGAUCCCUUGAGGGAAUUAUCAUUUCAAUUUCAAAAGACUAAAAUACCUACAAAAUCAUCCUCUGCGGAAGCCGAUAUACCUACGUGUUUGCCGAAAAGUACAAAAGGGUUUAAUAGCCCUGGUGAAAUAUCGAGUAAUGCACCUUACAUUGACUCCAGAAGUACAAGCAGUGGUACCUCCGAUAUGUCUGAUUAUAUCGAGACACUUUCCUUAUCUUCUCAUUCGUCAUCCGAUACGCCAGAUAGUUUAAGGUUGGGAGGCAGAGCUUUAACUACUACACUUCGGCCUCGUAGUGGAAAAGAAUAUUAUAAAAUCGAUCGAAAUAUCUUGGUGGAGCAAGGUCGAACGUCAUCUGCUAAUUAUGCAAAUAUUACUCCUGUGCUUGAAAAAAGUGAGUCUCCUUCACCCGGUUAUAUAAGCAGCUCACCCUUUGAGCAACCUCAACCCAUUCGUGAACACUUUCUUUUUCCUGAAGAAGCUUAAAUAACGUAACGUCCAUAGCAACGUUGUUUUUGGGAAGAAAGUGGAAAACUUGAAGUUCCUAGGAAUCCAAAACCCAAAUAGGAGUAUUUGCGUUAGAGAAGGUAAUUCGAGUUAUUGCCACUAUUUACACUAUAUGCAAUGAUCUUGUAACUUGCACAUAUAUUUCUCGAAAAGCCCUUAUGCAUGUUUGGUAUGUACACUGUUAACAAAAGAAAUAAUGAUCGUGACAAAUUCAACAAAAUCAUUACAAGAUCAAAAUAUUAUGUUCAACGAAAAUUAAUUUUUCCUUGUUUUAUAUAUUUUUAUAUCAUCUUCUUACUUAAUUGAAUCGAAUUCAUCACGUCGUAUAACGGUAUAUAUAUAUAUAUAGAAAUUAAAGGAAUUUAAAGUUCUAGCGUAUAGUAAAAAUAUGGUCAAUGAUACGGUACUUCCUACAACGAUUUAAACAAUUUCUAAAAUCUACUCAAUGAAAACUGUAAUAGUUUGUAUAGAGUAAGAAUCCUGCCCUAGGAUAAAAAAAUACUAUGCAUUGUAUACUUUAUAUGAGUAUAUCAUUUUUUGAAUACAUUUUAUUUUAUAUGAGUAUACUUCUAUAUAAGAUAAUUGUAGUGAAAAUUGAAGAAUGUACUUAAGGGCUCCUUAUUUAGACUGAUUAUACCAUAACACUGUACAUCAGCAUCUGUGCAACCAAAUAAUGCAAUGAAGAUAGUCAGUUGCAUAUAACGUUCACACACAGGGUUAAUAUAAUUAAAUUAUUUUCUAAAAAAAAAAAAAAAAGAAUAAGGUGAAAAUAGUUUUAAUAGUCUUCUUCCUCUUUGAAGAAAUUUAUACGAAGAUUACUGUAGGUCUUUGGGCAAUCAAAUGGCACUAUAUAUAGAAGAAGACAUCAGAAUAAAUCCUAAACUAUGCAGAUUUUUAGCAUACGAAGUCUUUAGCAUAUGAAUUCAUAAAUGUCUCAAAUUUAUAAGUCUAUUUUCUUUAUUUUUCGUUGAUUUUUUGAAUCCUAUGCAACGAAAUAGCUGGUGCGAUUACAAUAUAAUUUACAAAAGUACUAUAAGUUACAAAUGUACUUAAAAGAUCGUGUAUUCGCGUUUAGUUACAUAUUAAUAAUUGUAUAAUUAUAUUUUCUGAGGAGAAGAAUGGAUGAAUGAAGUAAGAUUUUACCAAAAAUAUUUAUUUUUAUUUUAGUGAUGCAAGAUCUUUUGAAAAAGAGAAAUAUUUAUUAGCAAAAUAACUAAGUGAUACUAGUUGAAUAUAUUCUGAAACAUAAAUAUUGCCAAAGUUAUGUGCCCUAUUUCACACUUCUUUUAAUAAUGGAAAUGAAGAGUAUAUGUUACAACCUGUGUAAAAUACUUCACUUCCUUUUUUCCAUUAAAGGAGUAAACAGAGUAAAAUCUUGCACUAAAUUAAUUAAUACAUUGGGAAGAUUGAUGUAAUAGGUGAUAUUUAAUGCAAUAAUAACUACAAUAGAAGUAUAUACUAUAAAAUCAGUAUAAGUUGUUUUGCACUAAAAUAUUAAUAUAAGAUAUUCUAUUAUAUAAAUAUAUAUAUAUAUACAUAAAACAUACACUUACAGAGAGAAAGAGAGAGAGAGAGAGAGACAUGUACAUAUACUUUUUGCUCCAUGGGCAGAUGAAAUAAGUAUUCAAAGUCAAAAUUAAUAUUAGGCCAUUUAACAGAUGUACAUUUUAGAAUACUGCCAUAGUAUCAUAAAUAUUCUUCAAUAGUAACACACAGUUCUUAAACAUGUUAUUAAACACUUAUGUUUUUGAGAACUGUUGCAUUAAUAUAAAAUUAAAACAAUUGUAUUUUUAUGCUUAUUUUUUAUCCAAUACGUGUUUCUGAAUUUAUUUCCUCUUUUUGAAAAUUAAAUUUUUGUAAGCAUACCCUUGUAUGAAGAAAGUAUAGGAGAAUAAAUUUCCAUUUAAAGCUAUGAAUUUUGUAAAAGUAUUAAAGUAGUAUUAUCAGAAGACUGAAAAUAGUAAUUGUGUGGAGUAAUAAUAAGAUGGUAUCAGAAAUCUUAGAGUACUUUUUCGUAAUAUUUUAUAAUAUUUUUUUCUAUUGCAUUAUACACAAUUUUACAUAGUUAGAGUAAAUGAUAUCUUCUUUAUAAAUAAUAUCUAUUAUUAAAAUUAUGAAAAUAUACAAAAUGUAAAGAUGAAAUUAUCUUGAUUUUUACAUGAUAUGCUUCAUAAAAUAUAUGCUAUAAAAUAGGUUUUUGAACAGGUUUAUAUACAUGAUUCUUUUGGACAUUUUGUAGUAUAAUUAACUUGUACACAAAGACAGAAGACAUCAAACUAUGAUAAAUUAUGCAGAUAUAUCAGUUAUUAAUAUAUAAAGAUAGUAUAAUGUAAGAUAUUUAACGUUAUAUUUAUCUUAUAUAAAUUUAAAUACGCUGGGAAUGAUUAGACAAAAAUUUAAUUUUAAGAGUUUCAAAGAUAAAGCUGGUACUAUAUCUCUGUAAUUUACAAUUCUAUUAAACAAUUUGUAUAUUGUAAAUGAAACUGACUGCGCUGAACAUACCAUAAUUGUUAUAUUAUUUAGAGCAUGCAUCCGUAAUGUAAUGUUACUUUAAUUUAAACAAGCGAUCUUCAUAUCAUAAUUUAAAUUUACUUAAUUUAUAAAAUAAUUUAUAAUAAUGGUAAAUCUGUAUACUUACAUGGGAUUUUGUACAGGGUAACCCACUUUGAGCGAUCCAUUUUUAAUGGAAUCACUUACGAACGUCUCCCAUGUCAUGACAAAAAAGUGAUCAUACUUAUAUAAAAGUACUUGAAGUCACAAACAUAAAUCACUCGAUACGAA